CUAGUCUCGGCGUUUACAGUGCUGUUUAUAUAAAAUUCGAGGCAUAUCAAUUGAGUUAUAUUGACAACUUUUUGGUGGUUUAAUAUAAAUUUUUCUUUUAAUUAGAGUUUUUUUAAGGUACAUUGAUCAUUCUAAGACAUGCCAAAAUAUUAUUGUGAUUAUUGUGAUACAUACCUUACACAUGACUCCCCAUCAGUACGCAAAACACAUUGCCAAGGGCGCAAACAUAAAGACAAUGUUAAAUUUUACUAUCAAAAAUGGAUGGAAGAGCAAGCACAAAAUCUAAUUGAUGCAACAACUGCUGCUUAUAAAGCUGGUAAAAUUGGAAUAAAAGGUGUUUGUAUACCUCCACCUAACAUGGGUCCUGCUGCUCCACAAAUGGCUCUGCCUCCAGGAGCUAUGAUGCCUCCUGGUCAAAUGCCAAUGGGUGCUCCACCAAUGAUGCCCAUGCCACCUAUGAUGAGACCACCAAUGAAUCAAAUGCCUAUGGGCGCACCUCCUAUGAUGCCACCAAUGCCAUCUACUAUGAGACCACCUCCACCUAUAAUGGUUAACACCCCUCCAGGCAAACAAGCUCAAUAAUUAAAUAAAGAAUUUAGCAUAAAAAUUUAAAGUUUUGUGCAUUUAUACAAGAUUUUAUACAAGAAUUUAAUGAUGAAUAAAUUAUGAAAAAUGUUUUGCUAUAUCAAACUACAACCCUUAGUUUUUUUACUUAAAACAAUAUGUUAAAAAUCAUAACUAUAAUUUGUAAAUUAAUAUUGUAAGUACAAACUUUACAAACCUAAUAAUUCACUCAAAUCUUAUUGAUAUAUGCUUGUUUAUAUUUUUUAGUAUAAAUCCUAUUUGAGUAAUAAACUUUAUUGAUAUGAUUUUCUACUUGUUAUUAUUACCUUUAUUUAAAAAAUUAAGAAAAACUUGACAUGUUACUCAUAAGUUAUCUGCUUAUAGUAUUUAUAAUUAAAGCUUUAAUUUGUAUUAUAUUUGACUAGUACUUGUAAGUUAUUAACACUAAAAUAUAAAGUCUGAAGUGAUUUGUAAGACUAUUUGUAUCUCUUAGCAUUUAUGAACCUCAUUACUCUUACUGCUAAGUGUAAAAUACUGAUUCAAAAAUUGUUAAUAAUAGAUUAUUUUCUUAAUUACAAAAUUUUAAUGGUAAAUGAGAGGAAGUAAAAAAAUUGUUUUUUUUAAAUUAUAGAGCAUAUGAUAUUGUAAAUUUUUGAAAAGGAAAAUUAUUUUAUAUAGUUUUAAAGAUAUUGCAUAAGUCAUGGUUAUAUAAUAAUUGUAUAAAAUUACAUUACUUUGAAAUAUUUUUAUUUUUACAGCAUAAGAUUCAUGUUUAGAUGAGUGUACAAAUUUGAGAGUGGAGAUGUGUUUUUUAUUGUAUAAAAAAAAAUGUAGGAAAGAAAAACAUAUUUUCUCUAUUAAUAUGAAUAUGAUAUUAUUGCAAACCUACCAGUACUUAAUUAAUUUAACUUAACUCAAUGAGUUAAUGAGAUUUUGUCAAUUUAAUUUUUAAUUUUAAUUUAUUUCGAAAUUAAUUAAUUAAUUUUCCCAGCCUGGUUAUAAUGCAGUAUCAAGGUACAGUGACAAUCAAAUGGGAAAGGAUUAGUAGCUUAAAUUCUUCUGUUGAAAUACUCCUUAUGAUAUUUUUGUACAACUUGUAUUAUAUUUAUUGUAUAUUUUUGAAGCUAUAUAUGAUAAUUCAAUUAAAAAUUUAUUGUGCUUAA